CCUUCCUUCCUCCCUCCCUCCCUCCCCCCCCAGGGUGGAGUUCACUGUGGGGGAGAAGCCCAUCAGCAACUUCCGCAUGAUCGAGAGGCACUACUUCCGGGAUCAGCUGCUCAAGAGCUUCGACUUCCAGUUCGGCUUUUGCAUCCCCACCAGCAAGAACAGCUGUGAACACAUCUACGAGUUCCCGCCGCUCUCCGAGGACCUCAUCCAGGAGAUGGUCCUGCACCCCUACGAGACCCAGUCGGACAGCUUCUACUUUGUGGACAACAAGCUGGUGAUGCACAACAAGGCCGACUACUCCUACAGCGGGGGGCCCUGAUCCGGCCCAGGCCCCCACCUUCGAUGGUGGUCGGGGAGGCCCAACUCACUGGCUGGCCGCAGAGGGGCGGCCGGACUGGACUCUGCACGGAACCGGCGUCUGAGACAGACCACCUGAAGCUUUUCCUUGACCCCCCCCCCGGACUUUGGAGGCAGCGCCCCUCGUCCCCUGCCUUGGGGGGGAGACCAUGACCCCACCCUCCGUACCUGCUGGGCAAUUGAGGCUCUCGUAGUAGCUCCUGAUCUCCCUGUUGUUGGGGAACGGUCUUCCUUGAAGCCCCUCCCUUGCUUGGGGGGAACAGUCAUUUUGGUAGGCAUUCUACUCCCCCCUCCCCCAUCUAAGAAUGGGAUGCUGGAGAUCAGCAGGAAUCGUGGGAACUCCGGGAUGACCCCCCCCUCAUUCCCAGCUCAGAAUGUCCUUGGGCAAAGACCCCAGACCCAUUUCUUUUGCUCGCUAUUUUUGCUCCCCAGUCCUUCUCCAGGGGUGACCGAGGGCAGGGUGGGGGUGCCGGAGACUGUUGGGAGGGUCUCUCCUGGUGGACCCCCUUUGCCACCUCCAUGGGAAAAGGGGAGGGGGGGAUCUGCUGCUGCAAAAGGACUCAUGAAACCAUGUUUGAUGUGUGUGGGGGGGUGAAUAGAAGACUUGCUUCCUCCAA